CACACACACACACACCUGUAUGUACAUAGGUACAGGUGGUAUAGGUGGUAUGGCAACACCAGCCAAACAGCCUGUGCGUGUAUGUGGUACUUUGGGCAAGUAAACCGAACAUCAAAACACCACACACAUGCACACACAGAUGCUGUUUGGCUGGUGUUGCCAGCCCUACCCAAACCACGCCCAUACGGGGCUAACAAAGUCAUGCCAGUUGGCACGUGCACCUCCAGGCCACCUGGUCUCCUCUUCAACCCCCGCCCGCCCACUGGGGCACUGACCCGUGCUCACAAUAACACCGGCAGGGGGAGGACUCUUCAGUGUGGUAGACUCAGUGGUGGAAUUUAAUGCGAAAAGGGAUGCGCUUUCUCCAGCACAGACAUCCUUUCCAUUGAAUCUAUAGCCGCAAGCCCGCAAGAUUUGGUGUCUGACCUUGUUGUCAAAAUAGUACAAAACCCUGUUUCCCUUUGGGGAAGUAUUCAGAAGAAUCAUACCCCCUUUUGCUAACCUUCACCCCUACCUUGAACCCACACAUGUUAACAAUGUUUCUCCACACAUACACACACAUAUUUGCGUGUAUGUUUCCACUCGGCGUACCUCUUUCGUUGAAAGGUGGCUGUGUGUUUUCCUUCAGACAUCGUGACAAUAAUUCAAAGGAGAUCUCUCCCCCUCCACAUUUCCCUCUUUCGCCUUUUUCUUUUAUUCAAUUCACAGUCAUGCAUAAGCAAUUAUGGAGCGAGCUCGGCACACUGGAUUCUUACUUACACACGUGCACCGCACGUACAUACACACUCACGCACACGCGCGUGCACACUCACACUCACUAAGUAGGGCAGUAUCUCAGCUAUAGUUUUCAAGGGUUCAUGUAAAGGCUAGCAUGCUCCCUCUGGGUGUGUGUGUGUGUGUGUGUGUGUGUGUGUGUGUGUAUGUUGUAGCUCAGCCAAACGCAUACACAGACAGACGCAAGCUCAUUUCCACAUAGACACACACAGACAUAUAUUUUGAUCACACACUUUGAUCAGUUUGAGGUAUUCCUCUUCAGCUUGGGUGUCAGAUAUGAGAGGCUCUGGCAUGCUGUUCAACUUCUCGUCCUCCCCUGUUCUCUGCUGCAAUAAUCCUCCAGCGACGUGCAAAGUUUCUCUUGGGUUCAACAGCAAGCAAUGUUGCAGCAAGAGUUCUCAACACAAAUCAUGGAAGAUUUCAUCACAGACAUUGCACGGCAUGGAGUUUGACUUGGGUUUCAUUUAUUCAUUUAUUUUUUGUUACCAAACACAUCCUUUCAUCCUAGUCUUUUUUGCCCACUGCCCUUUCCUCCCUCCCUCUUUCCUUCCCAAAGAUGGCAGACCAAGCGGGGACACAAAGACCCUCCCUGUUCUGUCUGUCUCUUAGGACCUCUAUCUUGUGAAAGUGGAGGCGGCAGUGUGUUUUUAUUUGUGCGUGUGUUUGUGUGUCCCUGUCCGCAUGUCUUCAUCCACAUCCACAUUUUGUGCGUUUGCGAUGAAGCCUCCAUCCUUCUUCGCGGUGCGUGUGUUAUACAUUGCGUGCGUUUACUUGGAGCCGUCUUUGGGGCAGUGCACUGUGUCUAUACUGCUCAGUCCCUGGCAGAGGCUCCGUCCAUACUGAGGCCCACUCCGUAGCCCCCUUGGGCACGGCGCCCACGGGCUAGAACCAGAGCCGGGCGUAUCACUCCUCGCCACAACAGACCGGAGCCGCCUUCAAAGGAGCAUCAGAUAGCAAAAGACAUCAAACGCAUGAAAAGAAAAGCCUGUGUGUGUUUGUGUGUGUGUGUGUGUAUACGUGUGCACGCCUACGAGAAUACACCUGUGUGGAAUGGCGCCUCGGUGUCUUGUGCGUCAGUUCGGUUGUUUAACCACAGCUAACUGCCAAAGCCCUGCUUUGCUUAAGGAAUCUGUGCCAAUUCAUUCUUUGAUUCUGGUGCAAGCUCUGCUCUGUCGUUUAGAAAGGCAUACCUUCCCCCCCCGCCUUCCAUGCUACCAUGCGGUCUUUGCAUUGCGUCGGUGGCGCACAACGUGGACACAUGUCCAAUUGCGUUGGCCGUCUUUUUGUAAUUAUAAAAACAACUUUUAUAAAGACAAUACCUGCUCAUUGACUUAUGGGAAUCCUCCUACUCCCUCAGCUGGGCAGAAUGUUUCGACAGCGCUUCCGACAAACCCCCUAGCCCCUCCAACGCGGAAGAUGUCCGGAUCCUGGUCUGCUUGAGUAAUGUAACAGACGAAAUGGACAGCUAAAUUAUGAGCCAGUGGUUUAGGUGGAGCUGCAAGUAAUCCUGUCGGUACAGACAGAAAGCGUGGCUGACUGACUGGCGUAAGCCUUGUUCUAUCUUCUGUUGAUCACUGUUGUGAUAAAUGUAGGGUUUAGGCUAAACGCUAGGGCCUGCUCAGCAUUCUUUGAUGCUUUUACUUGGCGAUGUACUUUAGGCUACCACCCUGCAAAGAGCCCAUUAAGAGGGGGUUAGGUCACUUCUGAGUAAGUCUCUAACUCUUUAAGAGUCACUCACUCACUACAUUAAGUUAAGUGGGAGGAUGGGGGUGGUGGGGGCCUAGACUUCAUUGUCCAGAACUCAGCCAAAGGAAAAACAAAACUGCUUCUGAGUGGUCGGGCAAGUCCAUUAGCUGGUCUUGAUUUUGAAACUGGGCUUAGAUGAGAGCUAUUUUUUGUUGUGACUUCGUAUUUAAAUUUUUUGAGAAUGGAUAUAUUUUGUCAGAGCUUUUUUUGGACAGAUAAGGUUUUGUGUUGAAGCCUGAUUUGUAGCAGCUGGCUAAGCAUGCAAUUUGUUAAAGAAAACAAAGGUUUAGGCUCCAAACAAGCCUUCUUUUGAGUGUCAUGAUCUGGAACUAUCUCUGUUAUGACCCAUGAAUCCAUUUCAUCGUUCUUUAAAGCUAAAUGAGUUUAAUCUAUUUUGUAAAUGGGUGCUAGCACAGGUUAAUUAUUUCAAGGUGUUCCAUUAUGAGCUUGCUCAGAGUCAAAAUUAAUGAUUACCUUUGCAUUGAGUGCAUUUACAUUAAUAAGUGUCUGUAGUCACUUUGAGGUGAUAGUGAUAUCAUUGAAGUGCUCAUGUUAACAGCACUGUGCAAUUUCAAUAUAUUUUUAUUCUAUCUAACCAUGAAGCGGUUAAUGUAAUCACAUUUGCCUCCACAUAGCACGCAGACUCUUCUUGACCUUUUAGCUUUCAUUUGCUAGCUAGUAGGGCUGGGUAUUGCCAGGUACCUCACAAUUCAAUUCAAUUCGAUUCUUUAGGUCUAGAUUCGAUUUGAUAUUGAUCCAAUUGCUUCGAUAUCGAUUCAAUAAUACGUGCAGAUGACAAAAAUACCUAUAUAUUAUUUAGAAUUAACCAUUUCAAAAUGAAUUAACCAUGUCAUUGUGCUUUAACUAGCGAAAAGGGAAUACACCAUUGUAUAGUAUUGUUCAUGAGCUAAGCCUGCAGCAUAAAAGUAAUAAUCAUAACAUGGACAAAUGUAAAAGGGCAUGUACAUUUAGGCACACUCGCUUCUAGAUUACAAUGACUGAGUAUGCUUCUUUUUUUUCUUUUUUUCUUUUUUUCUUUUUUUUAUGGAUUUAAUCAAUGAAAAUAUAAAUCUGAAUCGAGAACAAAUAAAUUGCACUGCAUUGAUGAAUUGAUAUUUUUACCCAUCCCUACUAGCUAGUCCAUUUCCUAAAAGUCAUUUUUUGAUAGAAUUUAUGGUAUGCUCUCACUGUGACUAAUGGAUUAACUCGAUUGACCACAGUGUAACUAUGGGCAGCUCAUGGGAAUUCAAUGGCACAAACACUUCCAUGUAGGAUCCAGAGUUUUAGUUGCAACACGUAUAUCCCCAACUUCCUCAUUGAAACCAUCGGUGGUGUUUUACUAAAAAUAAGUCCAAUCCCUCCCACUCUAAAUAGAGAGUAGCAAAAGGGAACUUAUCAAAGCUGGAUUUUCUCACGGUUCUUCAUUCUCAGGAAACGCAACAGGUACAGUAUCCAAUAUGCUACUUUCCUGUGUACAUUUCUACUAACGAGCUGAAAACGACCGUUUAACAAGCCGAUUCAUCUUGAUUCGGGGGACACUCCUUGUCUGCUGCCUUAAGAGAGAAACUGGACACCAGCAUCACAUCCCUACAGCUUCGCUCUGAGAUACAGGAAUCCUUGGGCCUCAGCAGCGAGGUGUCGACGCCAGAAACGGACAGAAAAAUGCCUCUGCACAAGUCCAGCUCCGAAGACGGCUCGGGUGGAAAGUGGGACAACAAGAAGAAGAACAAAUCCUUCUGGCAGAACUUCCGCAAGGCUCAGCAUAAACCUGUCGCGCGGCAGGCCGCCAAAGGCGAGGACAUCGGCUACGUGGCCAGUGAGAUCACGAUGAGCGACGAGGAGCGCAUCCAGCUGAUGAUGAUGGUGAAGGAGAAGAUGAUCACCGUGGAGGAGGCUCUGGCCCGGCUGAAGGAGUAUGAGAGCAGCAGACAGGGCAGCAGUACUGACACUGCAGAGUGGACUGACGGAUCCUCAGCCAUUCUCAACCAGUCGUCAAACUGCAACUCUCGUGAGCAGUCGGACGACGAGCAGUCGGAGGACUCUGUGAAGUUCAAGCGGCUCCACAAGUUGGUCAACUCCACGCGCCGCGUCCGCAAGAAGCUCAUCAAGGUGGACGAGGCCAAGAGGCGCGACUCUGAAGAUUCUCUGAGUCUGGAGGCGUCGCCGACGUGCGUGGACAACGCCGCUCUGUACACAGGGGUCCUGAAGAAGCCCCCGCUGCCCCAGGACGCCUCCCUGGCCUCCCUGGCCCAGGACCAGCUGUCCCUGGACGGGGACACGGACAGCCUGACCACCUCGCCGUCCUCCAGCAGCCUGGACACCUGGUCGGGACACAAGCUGGUCAAGACCUUCAGCAAGUCCUCGAGCGCCCACGGCCUCAUCCGGCCCGCCAAGCGCGGCCCCGCGGCGGCGGCGGCGGCCCCCGUGCCGGGCCCCGGGGGCUCCAUCGCGGCGGUGGUGGGCAGCGGCUCCUCGGUCUCGGAGCUGGACGGCUGCGGCCUGGACGAGGAGGGCAAGCUGCUGGCCCGCUCCUCCACUGACGGGGAGAUGAGGAAGGCGCUGAGCUCCAUCUCCCACGGGAGGACCUGUAGUUUUGGGGGAUUCGACCUGUCCAACCGAUCGCUCCAUGUGGUCAGUGCGGCCUCUGAGGCCAAUAGUAAGGAACAGGAGGCCAUCUACCGGGAGGUGGUCAAGUCCCCCACCACAUCCCGCAUCUCUCUGGGCAGGAAGGUCAAGUCGGUGAAGGAGACCAUGAGGAAGCGCAUGUCCAAGAAGUACAGCAACUCCCUCUCUGAGCAGUCCAGUCCGGACGCGGCCCCCGGCUCCCCCCAGUCCUCCCAGCCGGACACCGACUCCCUGGAGAAGCCCAAGCUGAAGGCGGGGGGCUCGGUGGAGAGCCUCCGCAGCUCCCUCAGCGGCCAGAGCUCCAUGAGUGGUCAGACGGUCAGCACCACCGACUCGUCCGCCAGCAACCGGGAGAGCGUCAAGUCGGAGGACGGGGACGACGAGGAGCCCCCCUACAAAGGCCCCUUCUGCGGGCGCGCCCGCGUGCACACAGACUUCAUCCCCAGCCCCUACGACUCGGACUCCCUCAAACUCAAGCGCGGGGACGUGAUCGACGUCAUCAGCAAGCCGCCCAUGGGCACCUGGAUGGGCCUGCUGAACAACAAGGUGGGCACCUUCAAGUUCAUCUACGUGGACGUGCUGAGCGACGAGGAGGAGAAGAAACCCAAGAGGCCCGUGAGGAGGAGGAGGAAGGGCCGGCCGCCCAAGCCCACCUCCGUGGAGGAGCUGCUGGACCGCAUCAACCUCAAGGAGCACAUGCCCACCUUCCUGUUCAACGGCUAUGAGGACCUGGACACCUUCAAGCUGCUGGAGGAGGAGGACCUGGACGAGCUCAACAUCCUGGACCCCCAGCACCGCGCAGUGCUGCUCACCGCCGUGGAGCUGCUGCAGGAGUACGACAGCAGCAGUGACCCUGAGCGCAGCGGCCUGUCCGGCUCCCAGGAGAAGCUGCUGUCAGAGGGCCUGGUCGGGGACUCCCCGCGCGACUCCGGCUGCUACGAGAGCAAUGAGAAUCUGGAGAAUGGCAAGAACAGGAAGGCCUCGUCCCGCUCCAGCCGCUCCUCCGCUGGCCUCCAGUCCCCGGACUACCCCACCCUGCCCAUGACCGUCUCCAACGAGACCCUGCAGCAGGGCGGCAAGGGCCCGCAGCACGGCUCCAAGCUCCCCCGGGGCCCCUUCCCCAAGCCCAGCCUGAAGGGCCUCACCCUGCUGGGGAACCUCCGCAAGGCCCAGCGCAAGUCUCCCCUCCUGGCCAGCCGCAGCUGUGAAGACCUGGAGGGGCCCUCGCAGCCCGCCACCACCGGCCCCUGGAAGCGCUCCCACUCCCUGGGGGACCUCAGCUGGGAGCCGGAGGCGGAGCGGCAGCAGAAGGCCCCCGUCGGGGGGGUGAAGUCGCCCGGCGCCGGGCCCCAGCCCCGCGGCGGUAGCCCCGUCAAGGCGCUCAAAGACAGGUGUUCCCCCGCUCGGCUGGCCAAGCCCCCGCCCGUCAGCCCCAAGCGCUGGACGGAGCGCCCGCCCCUCCCCUCCCAGCUCCCCCUGCGCCCCCACUGCCCCGCCGCCGUCUCCCCGGCCUACUCGCCUCCGGAGCUCCUGUCGGCCCCCGGAUCCGGAUCCCCCGGCAGCCCCGGCGCCCCCGCCCAGGAGAGGCUCCCGGUGCCCCGCGCCCACUCCAAGAAGCCCCCCGUGCCCCCGCCCGUCCCGGCCAAGAAGUCCCGGGAGCGGAUGGCCAACGGGCUCCGUCACGCGCCCCUCUCCCCGCCCUCCUCCCCCUCCCCCACCCCCUCCCCCACCCACUCCCUCACCCGCUCCCACCCGGCCUCCCCCCUCACCCACAGCCGAGGCAGCGUCGGCAGCGGCAGCAGCGGCGGCAGUGUGAGCAGCAACAGCCCCGGUCGCCACGGCGCCCCGGCUCUCCCCGCCAGGACCCCCGCCACGCCCCCCGCCACCCCCCGCCCCACCUCCCCGGCGCUCCCCCCCUCCCCCUCCACCGGCGGCGAGGAGGCGGGCAGCCCCCCCGUGGUGCGGCCCCCCUGGAUGUCGGACCUGGGCUGCAAGGUGGCGGUCUCCAGGAAGGCGUCCCACAGCAAGAUGAGCCCCGACCCGCUGAGCCUGCUGGAGCCACGGCUGGAGGCGGAGGGCAUCGACCUCACCGAGGAGCCCUACUCCGACAAGCACGGCCGCUGUGGGAUCCCCCCGGCCCUGGUCCAGCGCUACUCUGAGGACCUGGAGCUGCCCCUCAAGGAGGUGGCCUCCACCAUGGACCGGCUCCGCGUUAGGGAGCUCCGCAAGCAGCACCGCAUGGCCAUCCCGUCCGGAGGUCUGACGGAGCUCUGCCGCAAGCCCCUGUCCCCGAACGCCGUCGGCGGCAGCGUCUCCGAUUGGCUGGUGUCCAUCGGCAUGCCCAUGUACGGAGCGGCGCUGGCGGCGGCGGGCUGCGAGGCGCCCGGCCGCAUGGCCUCGCUGACGGAGGGCGAGCUGCGGGCCGCCGGCGUGCGGGACGAGAGACACGCCCGGCGCCUGGCCCGCGAGGCCAGGGCGCUCGCCGUGCGCCGCAGCAGCAUCAGCAACGACGACAACGCCACUUCCAGCCAGUCGUAACCGGUUUGGAGGAAUCGCCAUCUGUGAUUGGACGAAGGUUUUGAAGGCCGAUGUUUUUGUUGUUGUCAUUGUUUUUGUUGUUGUUGUUGUUGUUGUUGACGCGAGAGCCAAAGGACCGAGAGGUGCUGUUGAGUGUUGAACUAUUUGGGGGAAGGAAAGGACGACAAAUGGCGCCGAAUGACCAUAGGACGGUCAGAGAAAUGCUUUGUACAGCGAUCGGGGCCUGUGAUUGGACAGUAGAUCAGCUGACAUCACGCUGUAGGACUCUCCUCCUGUAACCCUGUGUUCUUGGCAUCUGAGUUCCCCGCCGCAAGCAGAGCUCCUCUUGUUCAGAGCUCCUCUUGUUCAGAGCUUGCGUCCCUUCUAAAGGAGUUUGGGUGUCAGUAUAUUCUCAAUGACCCGACGCCUGGACAGUUCAGAAACGACCCUGGACCCCAGACAGCGAAGGGCAGUUAAUGGACAGUUCAGAAACAACCCUGGACCCCAGACAGCGAAGGGCUUCACAACCAGACUCUGGGCCCCGAGGGAUGGAUGGAGGUGUUUGAUAAAGCAUUCCCUAAAGGUCUUACACACAGAACAAGAGACUGCCUGUCAGCAAGAAAGCACAUUUUAUAGGUUGGGGUGUUUUCAUAAAGAAAGACUGUUAAUCACUGUUAAAUAAUUGCAUAUUUUUUCAUGUUCCAUUUUUUUUGAGCUGAGGGUCUUAAAUGCAGAAUGUGUCAGAACGGCCAAAGUGAUUUCAGUCCGAUUUCAUACAUUGACAAAUGUUCGAGUUACAGAAUGAAUGUUUGGCCUUUUUAGCUCCGCUCAGUUUAUGAAAACAAGCAAUUUGUAAACUGGCUGUUCAGAGAUUCAAAAAAAGAUUGUUCUUUUGCUUCUGUAAUAUAUCUUCCAGUAUAAUCUAAUUUCAAUUUUUUUUUGUACUUUGCUUUCGGUGUGCUUCUUCUUCCGAUGCUUCCUGCCUUAUUGUGAGGCAGCAUCAGUAACCACGGCUAUCUCAUCACUGACCACAGCUAAAGGGGGGGCCCCUCUCCACACCAGAGCGACGCUGGAACACAGCGCUCUGGUGAUCUCCACGGGUCUUCAGCUUCUUUCUUCUUCUAUUUAAAUCCAGGAUAUUAAAUAUUGUGUUCUAACACUAAGUCGCCUGACCGUUACAUUACAAAAGAAAACGACAUUUGUAGCCCAGUUCAGAUCAAACGUUUGCAACGGGAGAUUGGCAUCACAUCAAAUUUCCGUCACAACCCUCCCCCCACGCCCACGAGUCGGGGGGAGGGUCAUAGGGAUGUCCACAAUUAAUAUAUAUUGCAUAAGUGACCACAACAAUUAUUCCACUUCAAAACAUCCAGAGUAGAACUGACUCAACAAAUGUCGGUCUUGUGCGUACAGUACAGAGGACAUAGUCUACCGUGUACAAUAAAGACAGUCUACCGUGUACAGCCCACAUUCUACCGUGUACAGUACAGACUGUCUGCUCAAGGAUUUGUGCUCGCACACACACAAACACAAUGUUUAUGAUCAUGGAUAAUGGUAAGAAAUGAUUGGAACCUUGUGGAAAAGCCUGCCAACAUUUCUAAACACUUGCCUAAAAAAGAAAGAAUACUUUUGGUUACUUUUUGGACAUUCCUUUCAAAUAAUCUUUGCAUCGACGUAUCGAAGUAUAGAAAUACAAAACAUCCUGACGAUUCUUACCUUAGUGAGUCCUUAUGUUUAACACAGCCAGGUCGUCUUAAGUCUUAUUAUUUUUCAUAAUCUCAAUCUAUCUCAUGACACAUGAGACAAAUGUAUUUAUACAAGUUGUCUCUGUUGACGUUUCGUAAAAUUCUAUUAUAAGUUUGUACUAUCUUUAAAUAAUCUUUGUUGCAGUGUUUUUGAAGGUGGGGAAAACCCUCCAUGAAUCUUACUGAACUUGAAGAGGGUAUUCUUUGGUGGACACACACAGAUGUUUGAUGCCUUUUGUCCCUCCUCAAUCAAAGUGGUGCUCGGGGGUAGCUAGAAUGACAGUAACUUCAACUAAAAGCCCAACCUGAAAAAAUGUAUUUUGUAAAGAACAGAGAAAGAAAAAUGUAUAGACACUGUACAUGCACUUUAGAAGGUAAACCUAGCUGAUUUAUUGGCAAAAUUGGCUACAUUUUGGUCAGAUGCCAAUAAAAGAAAUUGUGUCAGGUAUUGUAAAGUGAAAGGUCUUGAGUGGGUGUUUCUGAGUGAUACUUUAGUACUGACUUUUCAAUUCCAAGUCGAUGUACACAUGUUGAUAGUCACUCUCAAAUUAACCCCCUUCAAGAUUUGUUUGCAGUUUUACAAAGAAAAGUUUGAUUACAUAUAUGAAAUGCUUAACACCAUGUUUCACAUUCUGUAUAUGUAAUUGAUAUUUAAAUAACUUAUUUUCUUUUUUGAUGCUUAUCUUCCCCCUAUCAACUGUAAGUAGCUGUACUAUAAAAAAAAACAUAGCAAUACCUUCCUGCAUAAUGCUUAUUGCUUUCGUCAGUAAAAGCUACAUUAUGUAUUGUAAAAUAUAAGUGUACAAAUUAUUUUAUUUCGUUUCAUCUAUCUAACGAUUGUCCAUAAAAAUUUGCUUGUGUAUUGAAACAAAAAAAGUUAAUGUCCAUAACUAUUUGUCAUUCUGAAAUAUAAUAAAAACCUUUUC